UCACACAAGUUUGGCCUUCCUCGGUUGCCUUACUAAUGGCAGUAGCAGGCAGUUACGCACUACCUCAGCCGGGAUAUUUGCGACAUUUUGCAGCGGUAGAUUUUGAAAUUAGUCGCUGUUUAUGCAUCAGUCGGGUCUCGCAGGUCUCUCCGGCCUGUGCCAAGUCACAGAUCAUCUUUAUCUCAGUAAUGGCAGAGCGGCUAAUGAUGCCGCUCAGGUGACUCGGUGUGAGAUCACCUGCAUCGUCAACGUUACCGAGACCAGGAGCAGCUGCUCUCCACAUCUUCCUCCCGGGGUGGAGUCCUACAUCCACAUCCCGGUCUCGGACUCCACGGCGUAUCCUCUCAGCGAUCACUUUGACGAGGUGGCAGAUAAAAUACAGCACAUUGCAGAGCUCGGAGGUCGGACGUUGGUGCACUGCAACGCCGGCGUGAGUCGAUCCGCCGCCCUGUGUAUCGCCUACCUGAUGAAGUACCGCGGUGUGACCCUGCUGGAGGCCCACAGGUGGGUGAAGACCUGCCGACCCAUUGUCAGGCCGAAUAAUGGCUUCUGGAAGCAGCUCGUCCGAUAUGAGAUGGAGCUUCGUGGGUGCAACUCUGUCAAAAUGGUCUCGUCUGCCAUUGGAGAGAUACCAGACAUAUAUGAAGAGGAGGCCAGAAAUAUGAUGCCACUAUGACAACCUACUGUGCGCACUGAGGAGUGGGACAUUGUUUCACAGUGAUGGCAUGUAACGUGUCGCCUAUGCAGUAGCAAUAAGAAUAAAGCUACUUUUCAUGCGAAGGCACAUAAAGA